AUGUUCACCUGUGUGCUAUGGUUUCGUCUUUGAUGCCCAUAUAUUGUUGUUACAUAUUUAGUUUCUUGCUUGUAGGUCUGCCCUGUUUGUGCAGCUAGAGUUGGGGCAGAGAUGGUUACUCACAUAACAACUGAACAUGCAAGUAUUUUUAAGAUACAGCGUAGAAGGAGAUUACGCAAAGGUUAUUUAGGAUCUUACUCUACACAUUCUCUGCUUAGAAAGGAUUUACAUGAAGACAAUCUUCAUUCACUUUUGGGAGAUUCUAUUGGUACCUCCAAUGCUGCACCUGACCCGUUGUUAUCAUCAUUCAUGUUUAAUGUACCUGUGGUAGAUACAUCAGAUGAACAACCUGAACCCCUGGCUGAAGAAACUUCUGCAGGCAAAGUUUCAGAUGAGAAAUUGGUUGAGAGCGCCACGCCAUCUCACUCGGACAAAAACCUGGAGGAGAGUGCUCGGAGGAGUGAGUUCGUGAGGCAGCUAGUCCUCUCCACAAUGUUUGACGAUGAUGAUGCAUGAUUUUGAGCGGCAGACACGAUGGCAUCAACCUUGUUUCAGCAUAAAAAUCUGAACAUCUUUAGAGGUCGCAAAGAGGAUGCCAAAAUUGGACGAGGUGCUCGAUGCUUGGAGUGAUACGCUGGGUGUAUGCUUCUACAGGGUUGUACAUGAGACUGGGGCAUGGAAAUUGGAAUGUAUCACGGACCUUUUAUUAUCUACGUUCUAGUGGGAACCUGUGAGGCUGUGAAUAAUGAUUUAGACUCAAAUAAAUUGUCCAAGUAUUCGUUGCUAUCUAUUUAAAAUAAAUAAUUUUUGUGCUGUA